AUGUGCGGCGUUUCGGGCAUAACCUCUCUCAACUUCCAACCCCCAUCCGGCGGCGCGCACGGCAAGACUCUUGCUUUAGCGUCUGGGACGCCGCUGGAUCCGACUAAGACGCGCACGAGCAAAAACCCUUUGAAAGAGCACUUCCCCCGUCUGCCCAGCAGCUACACGCAAGUUGAAGUGGUCAUCGAUCUCGCCACCUCUGGAUUCUCAAUCGAUGGAGAUCGCCCCACGAGCGAGCGGCGGCGAAGUUUCCAACGCCAAGCGCAAACUCGAGACUCGAAGGCGUUCGGCGAGUUGUUGACUGCAGAAGAAGCUGCAGACAGCCAGAGACUGGAGACGUCCAAGGUUUGUCCCACGUCCUCUGCAUUGACGCUGCCGAGCACACCGUCCCUGACCAAGAUCAUUUCGCCGCGACCUGGCGUUUGUCUGUCGCCCGGUUUGCACCGCAAUCCGUUUUUGGAUGACGAAACUUGGCCACUAACUGUCCCUAGAGGUCCGACGUCGACAUCACCGGCAUUUGUCACCAAGAGCUACAACAACAACACGACACCUCGGAAGACGAGUGACAGCUGUGCUCUGUUUACUCCGCCGACGCCCAACAAGCGAGUGUGCAGCCAGCAAGGCUUUACGCAGAGCAAAGCUGGCGCCACCGCUUCGUCGGGUAACUGGGCGCCUUCUCUUACACAGGCGAGAAAGCGCUCUCUGGGGGCGUCGGAUGGCUCUCACUUCGCUAGUGCGUCUCCCUCGGACAAGCGAGCUUCGUUGUCUAUUGACAUGAACUUGGAAACUCGAAGCAAUGUCCUCCCCGGAGCGUUGUCCUCCUGUUCGUCUUCUUCGUCGACUCCGCCAGUCUCGGUGCUGUCCCGAAACAGUGCUAGUGUACCGAAGAGAAUGUACCCACCUCAGCGUCGUAGUCGCAACCCAGGCAACUUGUCGUUGGAUUUAUCACAAGUAGACCAAGCCAAUCUCGACCCAAACACCACAACAACUGGUGCUACCAGGCGACGCAAUGACCAGGCUGCUGUAUGCUCCAAGUUGACGGAUUUCCUGUACAUUGGUGGUGCGCUCGCUGCUAAAAACAAGUCCAUGUUGCUCCAGAACGGCAUCACGCAUGUCAUUAACUGCGCGGCCAGUGUCGCUCCGGCCUCGUUUCCGGACGAGUUUUGCUACUUCAACAUCAGACUGCGCGACCAUUCGUCGCAAGAUAUUGCCCGACACUUUUACAGCAUGUUUGACUUUAUUGAACGUGCUCGUGAAAGCGGUGGGCGCAUCUUCUUGCAUUGUAUCAAAGGCAUUUCUCGCUCUCCGACGAUGGCCAUCGCGUACUUGAUGUGGUACAAGAACAUGGGCAUGUACGAGACGCUGGACUUUGUGCGUCAGUCGCGUCCGAUCGUUGAUCCCAAUGCUGGUUUCAUCUUUCAACUGACCGAGUGGGAACAGCAACACCCGCAAGGACGACUCAAGUUCCAGCGCACGAUUGUGUUCCGGAUGGCAUACACCGAUAAUGUUGACAAGGGCAACAAUAUGGUGGCUGCGAAGAACCCGUUGUUCGUGGGUCCUUUGCCGAGUAUCAGCGAUAGUUUCUUCCGUGAUCCGACCAAGGACGUUGGGGAGUUGAGCUUGAUCGUAGCAUGUGCUGACUACAUGUUCGUGUGGUGUGGAACCGACGUCGAUGAAGAUCAAGUGGAAGUGGCCGAACGUGGGGCGCAGAUCUUGCAGCGCUACGAAGCCUUCCCAGCUAAGUGUGACACUGUGAGGCAAGGCCAGGAACCGGUGGCGUUUUGGGACCUCGUUGGCGACGAUAUUUGA